AGGAGAUUGCGGCCGGAAGCUGAGCGGAGCCGAGCGGCGCGGCGGGGCCUCGGCCGGGCUGGGGGGGAGCGGGGCGGGUGCCUCAGCUCCGCGGCGGAGCCGGCCAUGGAUUUCCACAACAUCCUCGUGAUGGCCUCGGAGCAGCAGGGGCUGAACGCCGUGCCGAAAAGAUACAGUUUGGCUGUUGGCCCUCCCAAAAAGGUUCCAAAGGUGAAGGGUGUUGAGUCUGCAGCAGUACAAGCGUUUCUCCGAAGGAAAGAAGAAGAAAAAAGAAAAAAAGAAUUGGAAGAAAAAAGAAAGAAAGAACAACUCUUGGCUAAGCGCAUUGAACUGAAACAUGACAGGAAGGCAAGAGCUAUGGCUUCGCGAACAAAGGAUAACUUUUAUGGCUAUAAUGGUAUUCCUGUUGAAGAGAAGCCUAAAAAGAGGAGGAGGACUUGUGAGAAUGUUUCUCAGUCCUCCGAGGCUGAGUAUGCAACAGAAAAUGAAGCAGAGCAACUCGAGUUUACUCAAACUGAAUCGGAGUAUGAGCAAGAAGAAUACGAUGAGAAACCAUCCAAAGCUGCAGGCAAACCAAAGGCACCAGCCAAAAGUGCACCAGCACCUCUCAACUUUGCGGAUCUUUUAAGGCUUGCUGAAAAAAAACAAUAUGAACCGGUAGAAAUAAAAGUAGUGAAAAAGAUAGAAGAGAGACCCAGAACGGCAGAAGAAUUGAGAGAGAGGGAGUAUUUGGAACGCAAAAAUAAAAGAGUAGAAAUGCAGAAAAAGAAAACGGAGAGGGAGGUUAAGAAUGCAGGGAUAGCCAGUUCUUCAAAAAAAGCAACUUCUCUGAAGGAAUGUGCAGAUGCAAGACUUAGCAAAAGCGCAGCAGAUAAACACGCCUCUCCAAAAAGCAGCCUCUCUUCUCUGAGUGGUACUGAUAAGAAAUCCAAAGCACCAGCGUUGACUGAAAAGCACUCACGGUCGUUAUCUUCUUCCAAACUGAGUCAAGUGGAAAAAGUAAAAACCUCACAAAAUAGCUCCUUGAAAGGCCCUGCUGCUGGCACUCAUAGCAAAUUACCUGUCAAUGGUAUGGGAAAGUCUGGCUCAAGCGUUCCUGUGCCAUCGUCAAAGCCAACGGCCAAUGGGGCUCAAAGGUUGCCGUCUGCUAAAGAAUCCAGCCUGAAAAAGCCUGUCCAUACAAAACCAGGAAAUGCUGCAGCUCUCCAGCACGAAAUGAACUCCAGCGCAAAGCGAUCCAGCAGCAGUUUAGGGAAGGGAGGACCUGGACAUGCAGCUGGAGGAUCAAGUGCAGGACCUGGGCGGUCAAGUGGCAAUUCGGGCAUGGGACCCGGGAGGCCAGGGAGUGUCUCAAGCCUUGGGCCUGGGCGGCAGGGCAGCAGCUCGGCCACAGGACCUGGAAGGCCAAGCAGCAGCUCAAGCAUGGGACCUGGGCGACCGGGCAGUGGCUCAGGCGUGGGACCUGGAAGGCCAGGUGGCAGCUCAGGCAUCGGCCUGGGAAGGCCGGGCAACAGCACAAACACAGCACCCGGGCGACUGGGCAGCAGCAUGGGAACAGGGCCAGGGAGGCCGGGAGUCAGCCCAGGUGCAGGACCUGGGCGACCGGGCAGCAGCUCGGGAACAGGACCAGGAAGGCCAGGAGUCAGCCCAAGCGCAGGACCUGGGCGACCUGGCUUUACAGCUGUAAAGCCCAAGUGUACUGUUGUAUCAGAAACUAUUUCUUCCAAAAACCUAGUGACGAGGCCCAGCAAUGGACAGAUAAACGGAAUGAGAUCACUUCAAGGGCAUAGGCCUGUGUUUCGUUCACAAGGUAUUGGGAGACCACCUGUUGGAUACAAAAGACAAAUCGAUGAUGAUGAUGAAGAUGAUGAAUAUGACUCUGAAAUGGAUGAUUUUAUUGAAGAUGAAGGGGAACCCCAAGAGGAAAUAUCAAAGCAUAUUCGGGAAAUAUUUGGAUAUGACCGGAAAAGAUAUAAAGAUGAAAGCGAUUAUGCCUUACGUUAUAUGGAGAGCAGCUGGAGAGAGCAACAGAAGGAAGAAGCCAGGAGCUUGAGACUCGGUGUUCAGGAAGACCUUGAAGAAUUGAGACGGGAAGAGGAAGAACUGAAGCGCAAGAGACAGUCGAAGAAGCUGAGGACCCGUUAACUGAAUUGCGGUGUUGACUUCUUUCAUUUUUCCUCUACCCUCUGCCUCCAUACAUCUCCUUCAGUUUCCAUUUGCUUGUUAGAGGGCAAAAGAAUAUGUAAAGGGAUAAAAGAACUGAAAAAUAAAGGCUUUAGUUUGACUUAUAUAAGAUAUUUAUUUUUAAUACUUGCCAAGGGUUGAUUUUUUUACGGAGAAAUUAAUGCACUAAUGCAUAUUAUUAUGUAGAAGAAAAAAUAAGAAAUGUUUCCAUUGUUUAAUCAGUUGAAGAUGCCAGCAGAAAUGUUGACUAGCUAUGCACUGACUUGGAACUGUGCGGGCCCAUAUACAAGUAAACCAAUUUUGCAUUCACUUGAAAGAAAGGAAUGGCACUGGGGGAGUUGUGUCCUUGUUCCCUGAUGUUUUUUGAGAUGCAGAGAGGAAAAAUUGCUUUAUACCUUGCUCUGUCUCCUAAGUUAAGCCUCAAAGUUUCUGAAACAUCAUCUUCUCCACAGAAGCAGCUUGGGUGUAAAUUCAGCCAUUGCCACAGAUGUUCAAAGCAAUAAAGUGCUAUAUUUUUUCUGAUUUGAGGACCCAUAAACAAUAACUGAACUGGAACUUUCUUGUUUCCUAGUGGAAGUGCGUGUCACUUGCAGAAUGUACAGUUAGAAGUAUCACCAAAAGGUUAGGCUGGCUUUUGCUGUGUCUGGAAUUACAACGCCAGUCACAUUCAGUAGGAUAAAUACUCAUCCUGAAAAUAGGAAUUUCUAGUGCUUGUGUGUAACUUGUGCUUUUGGGCUGAAGCAUUUGCUUAGGAAUUCUUUUCCUGCCCUGUCAGUCUUUGCAUUUGUCUAAAAGCUUCUGUUCUUUUACAUGUUUUGUGCUUUGCACAUGUUUUUCCUUCUGUUAAGCAUCAGGUGUGUUAAAUGAUUUGAAGUGUGGAGCAGUCACUUAUCUAAUCAGUUGUACUGUUUGGAAGGCACGUUUCCAGAGUACAUGCAGCUAGCUGUUGGAUAUCAAUCACUUUGUGUUACACAGUGAAUGCUUUUGAUUAAAUUCAUCGAACCAGAGAUCUGAAAUGCAUGUCAGGAGAGUCAGUUCUGUUACCCAAUGCCCGUGUUUGCACAUUAUUUCUAACUAUGCAUUUGAAGACUGUUUCCUUCAGUAAUUGAAUUUGUUUACUAUCAGCACUGGGUUCAUCAAAAUCAGUAGCGCUUGUAUGAAGAGUCUGAAGCUUGAACCUGGUGUUACAGAACCUGGUGUUGCAUCUGCUUUGGGCUUUGGAUAUAUGUUGGGGGGGAAAAAUGAGUAAAAAUUAAGUAGUAAAAAAAUAGCUCUCUUACAGAGAGUAAUUUUUAACCUUGCUGCUUUCAGAACACAGUUCAGACAGCAACCUGUAGGAACAAUCCUGGUAGCUGCGGAAAUCUACACAUCUAACCCUUAACGAAGGAAAAAACAUUUGCUUUUUUGAGGCAUUUUCUGUUGAUGGUGUAGCAUUUCACUGCCUUAGCAAAAACACUGACAUGAGUAAGCUAUUGGGAUGGAUUCCAUAAACUAAGUCAGUAUUAGUUGCCUAGGAGCCCGGAUGGUAACUGUUACUGCUUCUCUGUGUAUUUAACUUUGUAUAUUAACUAACAAAAAGAUGUUUCUCAGUGUAUACACUUGAGACCAUGCUAGUGUAAUCUCAAUGCUUGUUUACAAGUGUGUUGUAUUCAGUCUGCUUAAUGGGACCACCUCACGUUUGCUGUUGUAUUUCCCUGAUUUACGUGAACAUGGCGCUGAUCUCUGGGACCAUGACUGAUUGUUUGUUUGCCUGGUGUGGAUUUUUUGGUUUGUUUAGCUCAGAAAGGCUCCUAUGUCUGUCAGCCUGCACAGCUCUAUUACUUGUGGGCAAUUUCCUGCCCAGCUGAAAAAACAGUCUCUUAUGAAGCAAAAGAUUCUCGUGUGAUGAUUCAAAAUGGGAAUUCAGUUUGGAAUUAAAUCUGCAUUUCAGGUGACCGAAGCUUAAAUAAACCCUGAUGAUUUCAUCGCUUUGCACACGGUCGGUUAAAUUCCUUAAUCUGUAAAGCACUUUGUCAUUGGUCUUUUGAAGUGGUGACUGGAAUGCAGUGUAUUCUUCCAACCUCCCUAAGACACCAGUUUAACUUCAUGCAACGAUCCGCUUCGUUUUGAUUGCUAUGAAAAAAAAACAUUCAAGGACACAUGUGGAACUUUACAACCAAGUACUUGCUGAUGAUUGGCACAGGGCGCCAGCGGCUUUCACAUUUUGUACAGAUGUUUGGGUUUUGUUGGGUUUGCAUUUGCUGCAUGUUUGUAAAUGGGCUCUGGAGGGCCUCGCAUUCAAAAUCAUGUUUACUGUUUUCCAGAUCAACGUUACUAAUGUUAAAACGAGUGCUCUGGUACUCGUCCAAAGUGUGUCCCAGUUUGAGGCUAAGAAAUGAAAACUGGAAGAAUGCUUCUAUUGGUUGGUGAGGAUCUGAUGUUAAAGUUUUAAUUGUAUUUAAUGGAAUUCUGGUUUGGAUUUUAGAUUCUUUUUCUGAAUUCACUGCUUGACAAUGUGCCUUUUAUACUAAAUUGUGUCAAAAAAACAAACAAUAAUUAAUGAUGAAUGUAGAGUUAUGAAAAGGUCGGUCCGUUUCUGCUAUCUCACAUUCGAUGUACUUAAACCUGGUGGUGUGAAAUGGCGACGUCCUUUGCGUAAAGCCCUUCCAGGUCUGGCUUUAUGAUUGCACAAUGACGGUAGCUCCUUCUUUACUGAUGAGGCUAAAUCAAACGAGGGCGCUUUCUAUUGAUGACUACUUUUUGAAAUGUCUUGUACUUACACUCAUGCUGUAUUUCACUUUACAGCAGUCUUUUUGGAGGCCAGGGUUUUGCAUAUCACAGGAAGCCUUAGUGUGCAACUCUGUGCUGUGCUUUAAAAUAAAAGUCUUUCAAGAAGUAUAUGAGAUCUCUAUGGAAAUCUGCAUUUAUUUUUGUGUAAAGCCCAAAAUAUUGUCCAGGAAAACUAAUUUUCUAUUUUUGUUGCAUUUUGUAACAUAAUCUAGUAGCUGAUGCCUAUUUCUAGAUAUAGCGUAUUUCUGGAGACCAAAACAUGUCAGAAAAUAAAUAUAUGGAGAGACUGUGUUUAAGUUGUGAUGGAUGUACUUCUAUUUAUUUUGGUGAGUGGGUGUUAUGCAAUAUUGAAGUGUCAGUUGUAAAUAAGGGUGCUUCUAGUUCUAGCCAAUGAUUUCCUUUGGGGAUAUCCGUUGUGCACAGUGUCUUUUUACACAAUGUGACAAAUCAGGUUUAAAGACUUACAGAGCUUAACUGUUUUCUUCUGGUGCUGUCAAGAAAGUGUAUACUUUUGCACACCAAAUGCAUAUAAGUUUUGCAGACAAUAAAUUACAGGCAUUAAACAUGUU